AUCAAAUGGAAGAGUCUCUUACUAAGAACAAUGAUUUCUUAAUGAAAUUUGAUGAUGCUUCGAUCAACAAUCAUCCUGAUAUCAAUCAGCCUGACCACUCUCAACCCCAGAUAGAUUACGAGUUUGAGUCUAGCUACAAAGAGAUUAUUCACAGUCCAGAAAAUGUAUUCGAGAACAAGAUGUUCUUAGAUAACAUACCUGUCAAUAACCUUGACAGCAUUAAUCUAGAGGAGGACAUCCAAUCGAACUUUGGAGCCCCUUUACGAGAACAUUUAUCCAGUGAAGAAAAGUGCACUGCAGAUCUACACAAAGACACUAGCUUAUCGAAGCCCACAACAUUCACAGCCAGAGAAGAUGAUGAUAAAGACUACCAAAAGUCUAAGAAAUCCACGGACCUAUCUGUUGAGAAAAAGAAAGAACUUAACAGAAGAUCCGCCUCCCAGUGUAGAAAGAGAAGAAAAGAAUAUGUUGAGCAACUUGAACGAAGAGUUGACACUCUAGAAAAUGAGGUUCACUGUUUAAAAAGGAAGCUUCAAUUCUAUGAACAGCACGAAAAGCUAGAGGCUCUAUCUCAGAAGGAAAGUAUACUCCAAUACUUAACUGGGAAAUAUGACGAGUAUGACAACCUUGAUGCCAUCAUUGAGAACCACGAGAAGUCGCCCAUCAAAGAAAGCGAGAUAAAUAAAUGCAUUAAUACAAUAAAGAUACGUCAGAGUAGUCAAGGUUUUGUUCGGAAGCAAACAGUCAAUUACCUACUGAAGAAAGUAAUUGAAAAGAUUGUCCCCGGUCAUGUAAAAUACAUUGUCGCAAGCUGAGCUAACGAAAACGGAUAUUUUGAGAAGGCAAGGGGCAGGAAACUAGCCAAGAAUCUUGAGGCCAAAACCCAGAGAGGUAAAUAUGUCGAUUACGCUCAAAAGUGCCAAGAUCCAGAAAAUCAUGUCUGGAAAGAAGUCAUUUAUGCCAUGGGCCUCAAUUCAGAUGAGAUUAAGCUUCUAAAGAAGCAAAGAGCUAAAAUUCUGAAAUUCAAAGAUAAGUUCUCGAACAAUCUCUCAAAGUUCCUUAAGAUUAAGAAGGAAAUGUUUAAAAUCAGUGCAGAGAUUGAGAAAAUCCUUGACGAUGUAGGCACCAAUGUAAAACCAAUUCAAAUUGCCAGAUUCCUGCAAUAUGUUGACAAGAUAAAACAUAGAAAAGAGAUGGAUGUGUUCCACCUCUGGGGAGUUAAAUCUAAUAAGUUCAGAGUCAGGAAAGACAAGAUUGGCACUCAAGACCUCCUCUCUCCAUCUUUCGAGAAGGUACGUCCGACCUACGCCCUUAUUAAAAAGAAGGAGAGAAGUAUUAUGAAAACCGAAAACGACACAAAAAUAGCAAACCAGGUGGAGAUGAAUAAACUUAAGUUCGAAAGUGCUCAUGGAAACAUUAAAAACUCCUAUAUGGAAUCUGAUAAUAUUUCUCCAGAGAAGCUAGCAAAGGAAAUUUUAGGAAAAGAGAUCAAACAAGACUACAAAUCUGAUGAUGAAGACUCCAUCCAAGCAAAGAUUAAUCUCAGUCAGAACCCAGCUUUCCUAAAUUUCCAUCAAGAAUCAGAGGAUUCAGGAUUGCCAGAUUCUGCUUGAGAAUCCAAAUCUUCUUCAGAUAAUUAAGAG